CAAAUCGCCCGGAAAAGGAAAACAGAAUGUUCAACUAACGAAGGAAAGCACCGGUUGCCGUCAUUUCUCUUCACCAAAUGAAGGAAAUCGUAACUGCCUGCCUUCCAAGAAACUGGAGCCGGUAAGGCCACGACGUUUAAAAACAAACACAAGGGUAGUUGAAAACAAAUAUGCCGGCCCCUUUCGGUUUUGCAUAUAUUCUAUGAAUUCUGCUGGCAUCCACCAUACAAGACUUGAUCAACACAACGUAACGUUAAAAGGACAUUUGUCUUAGUCUUGAUUCUCUAUCCAUACCCUUCUCUCUAUCUUGAUUCUCUAUCCAUACCCUUCUCUCUAUCUGAUUUACAAGGUUGAAGCGAUGGAGAAUAUCCCUUCCACUAGGGGAUUAUUUGGUCUUUAUGCAGGGUGUUGUACCCAUAAAAUUAUUACUAGGUGACAAAUAACUAAAUUUCUUGAGAAGAGCCAUAAUUUUAAGCUCUCGUAUAACUUGCAACAUCAACCAUUCUUGGCACAAUAACUAUCAUUUUUACAGGUUACUUCUUUGUUUCAGUCUUUGGAUUAUGCUAAGUUCUUUCAAAACCUGUUGGAUCUCUUUGUAUAAGAGAGCUGAACUUUUUCUUCAUGUCAACAAAUGCAAGAGAAGAAAACACCGUAGAUUGUCAUCAGGUUUUGAUUUGAUAACAUCGUCUUUUGGGGCCAUGGAACUGUCUGGUCAGUUUAGACAAGUCUUCAAAGUCAUCGACGCAAAUGGGGAUGGAAAGAUAUCUUCUUUAGAGCUCAGUGAAGUGCUUUUGUGCCUUGGACAUGAAAAAUCUACAGCCUCCAAAGCAGCUGAAGGAAUGAUUAGAGAAAUGGAUUCUAAUGGAGAUGGUUUCAUCGACUUGGAUGAGUUUAUGCAUGCAGUUAAUACCGAUGGAGCAAUUUGUAGCAGCAAUAACGAGGAAGAUUAUCUUAUGGAUGCUUUUCUCAUCUUUGAUAAUGAUAAAAACGGGUUAAUCUCUGCCAAAGAGUUGCGUAAGGUUCUGAUUAGCCUUGGAUUCAGCAAGUGUAGUCUUCAAGAGUGCAAGCGCAUGAUCAGAGGUGUUGAUAAGGAUGGAGAUGGAUUUGUAGACUUCAUAGAAUUUCGAUCAAUGAUGACCUCAGGUACAAGUUGAACGUGAGAAAAGUCAAAAAGAAAAACUUUACUUUGAAUAUUCUCCAGGUGCUAAUAAUUCGUUUUAUAUUCUGUCUAGAACCUUAUCAUUUGAAGUUUGGUCUUAAAUGUAAUGAGUUGAAAGUAGCGUCCUGUAAUUUAACAUUAGGUCUUAAUAGAAAUGUCUUGAAUAACAUAGCCAUAUUAUCGAAGUAGAUUGUAAGCCAGAUUAUAAAAGCUGAUUGUGUUAGAUAUUCUCACAAUGGGCAGAAUUUACUGAGGUAGAUCCAUAAGUUCCAAGUUUAUAACAAGUUUUUGGAUUUUUCCUUUUGCCGGAAUCAGAGGUGCUCCUGUUUGCCUAUCUUUCUUUGCCACUCCACAUCCACAUCUACACCCAUUCUGUUCACAGGGAACUUAAGGCAAGUAUUUGGGGUGUGGGUCCUCCAUCAUUUGUCUAGUAGUACAUGCUGGGCCGCUUAGGAAGUCUUGCCAUUGUUUUAAUUAUCACAGCUACAGUGUAGGAUAUUACAGCCACGAGACGGCAACUUUGUGACAACCCAAGAAUUCUUGACACUAGCAUUAGCAAAAAAACAAAAAACUAAGUUUGAAAUGUUCACGUUUUCUUUUUCAUUGUCAACAUAUGAUUAAUUUUCAGUUGCCGCCUUCGCUUUCCUGGCUAAGCUCAUGAACAGUUAGAAGUUGGAAAAUUUAUUAAUCAAUCCAUGCAAUUCAAAAUGCCAACUGGAUAUUUUUACAUGAACGUUGGUUGUCGGAUAAACCUCUGACUGAUCCAUUUAUUUUCUAUUUAUUAUCCUAUGCUGUUGGCCUGAUUGGAAACACUAAAACACAGCAUCGCAGAGAUAUCCUUUUGCUAGGUCUUUAGCAGGGGGCCAUUAGCCCAAAAGGUCCUUAACAGACCAAUUGGUCCUAGGGCCAGACCCAUUAGCCAAAAAAAGCCUAUAACAAGGCGAUUGAGCUUGUAAUGGUGAGACGAGCGGGAUCGGAUAGAAGUUCUUUUGCUACACUGAUCAGUACUGACAUUAGGCGGCUUAAACUUUUUAUUAUGGCCUGGCCCUUAUUAACCAAUCAUUUUUGUGUCCAAGCUGCUGAUAUUUUCAUGAGUUGUCGAAAGACAUGCACCAAACUGUACCUUUUCCAGUGUUUUUAGCAAUGGCCAGCCAUGUUGAACGCAAUCAUGCUGUUUUCUUUGCUCUUGUAAAAAUAUUCAGUUGUUUUUAAACUUCCACUAUUAAUUCUCAUCCUUUUCAAACAGCAUGAAAAGAAAUCCUCUCUCUAUAGUUUUAUAACCUUUUAGAAUGCAAAACACAACUGAAAAGUAACUUCUCAAAGUUAUCAUUAUUUUGUCCUUUGGAGGCAAUUUCUUUGCUCGAGUCCCACACAUGAAUGCAUUUUAACCUCCUUUUCUUAAUAUUAAACUACAUUUUUCCAAGCUCCCAUCUAUCGAAACUAUUCCAAAUUCCAAUCGAAACCACAAAUAUUUUUGCUGAAGGUUCUUAACAACAAUUGACACUCCCAUAUAUGUUGGAACCAAAUUAUAUAAGGAUCUUUUUUUUCCCCUCAAAUAUA